GUACCAGAGACAUGUGCUGCCAAGAGAUGUGACGGAAAUCGGUUCACCGAGACGGUGGACAUACUCAAGCAGCUGUUCGAUUUCAAGUCGUCAUUGUUCACCACGAGAUAUCAAUGUCUCAAGCUAGAGAAGAGCCAAUCAGAAGACUUCCUCACGUAUACCGGUCGUGUGAAUGAAUUUUGCGAGAGAGCAAAGAUUCACGAGCUAGACUCGGACGGAAUCAAAUGCUUGCUGUGGAUUUUCGGAUUGAAGUCACAGCAGGAGGCAGAGAUCAGGCAGAGGCUGAUCACAAUACUGGAUAGAGACCACAAAGCAGGCAAAACGGUCUCACUGCAACAAUUGCAUCAGGAGUGCGAAAACUUCUUAAGCCUUAAGAGAGACAGUGAAGUUGUCGCCGGAACUAUGAAACUAGUGGAAGCCACGUCCGUCCAGAAGCGAAAGGAAAUAGAAUGUUGGAACUGCGAAGGCAAACAUCGUGCUAGUGGAUGCCAGGCAAAACCGUGGUUCUGCAAGAAGUGCAGGAAGGUCGGUCACAAGGAAAAGUUUUGUGACACUUUACGACAAAAGAAGACUGCGAGUCGCACAGAGGCGACGCAGAAAACUCAGCAUACUAAAGAGAAGUUCUCGAGGAACAGAAACAACAGAGGUCCGAGAAAGCAAGUACGAAUCGUCAAGAUUGCAAAUGCAGCGGUUCAGGCAAACUCUUCCCGUGUGUACAUAGAUGCUGUAGUGAACAACUACUCAGUCAAAUUUCUUCUCGAUACUGGAUCAGACAUCACGUUACUGAACGAGAAGAUUUGGAAGAAGAUGGGCUCCCCAGCAUUGGAAAAGACCAAUAUAGUCGUGAAAAACGCAAGUGGAGAUUCCAUGAAGAUACAUGGAAAGCUUAAAUGCAUUACCAUGAAAGGUGUCACUCACUGA